AAUAAAAGGCAACUAUGUGUAGUUUUAAAAAAUUAUGAAAUAUAUUUCCAACGAAAAAUAACAAAAGCAUGAACGAAUAAUAUAAUAACAAUGAACACAUUUUCGUUGCAAAUUAAUUAAUAAUUAACAGGAUUGUAUAAUUAUUCUUACCAUUGUUCACUCACACUCGUUCAUAAUUGUGCAAUAGUUAUUCACUUUACAAUAACCACUUUAUAAUUAACCUCAUGCAUGUACAUAUAUAUAUAUAUAUCAUCAUCUUCGUUCCCUUUUAUAACAAAAAUAACCAUUACUUCACCAAUAACAUUCCAUAUUAUUCGAACGAUGUUCACCAUUCGACUAUACAGUCGGAAAGAUCGUAGCUCAUCGAGACCACGUGCGUUGAUCCACUACGUAAAUAAUGCAAAAGAAAUCCAUCAACGGUGCAAUCAACCUGUUUCCUCUUGAAAGGUGGCAAUCAGGUUUCGCACCCUCUCUUUUACAAGGUAAAAGAAAAAAGAAAAACACGAGGGGCGAGGAAUCGAUGAUAAUCCUGUUAUUACGCGUUCGAGCGUGUUAAAAGUAAACGACACAUUUGGACAAUGCAAGUGGAAAAGGAAUUGGAUAUAUCCGUGAAUUUGUCGUCAUUUUUCUUGAAGAACAUUGGGCUGUGGAUAGCUGACGACUCCACGAAUGAACGUCGAAGAAAGGGAAUGCUUGCCUACACGAUUUGGUGCACCUUCUUCUCCACCAUCAUCAGCAGUAGAGAUUUGUACUUCACUUGGAUUUACAAUGGUGUACGAGUGUAUUAUAUUUGUAUGAAACUACUGGCAGUUACAGAUAUUCUUUACGCCCUUGCCAAUUAUAUGAGCGUAAUGAUGAUCUUGGUCAAAAUAUGCGUCAUAGUGGUGCACAAAAGCGAAUUUAUUAAUCUGAUCGUGUACAUGCAACAAUAUUUCUGGAAUGUUAAUUACGAUUCUCGCGAGAAAGAGAUUUUGAACAGUUGCAAAAAGACUUGUGCCUUUUUCGUUUCCUCCGUCACUUUUAUCGGUAUAUGCGCUAUACUAUCGUAUCUAAUGACGCCAUUCACAGCUCGUAUCGGGAACAACGAAUCCGAAAGGGUACUUCCAUUUAAUAUGUGGCUGAAUUUGCCACUUUCACAAACGCCUUAUUACGAAUUAUCGUUCCUUGUCCAGAUAAUAACUUUGUAUUACAUAGGGAUCUGUUACUUUUGCUUCGACAACGUUUUCUGCAUCAUGGCCAUCCAUCUGACCGGCCAAUUUCGCAUACUCGGGUACAGAUUCGCGAAACUGUGCAACAUAGAGCACGAAAUGUGCGAAAAAGAUGCGGCAUUGGCAAAGCACGUGCACAAAUGUUACGAGAAAUUUAAGGAGUACGUUCGAUACCAUCAGGCCCUGAUCAACUUUCACACCAAGCUUGAAAACGUAUACACGAUGAUCAUACUCGGACAAGUGAUAGUAUUUAGCGUGUUGAUUUGCCUGUUUUGCUACCAAGUGUUGUUGGCCAACGCUCCCUCGGCAAGACGGUCCAUUUUCAUCUUUCUUUUAAUCGGCGCCGUGUCUCUACUGUUCAUGUUCACCUACAGCUGCGACGGUGUGAUGGAGCAAAGUGACAACGUCGCUGUAGGCGCGUACUCGGCACUGUGGACGAUCAUGCCGAUGGACAAAUUUGGGAGAACGCUUCGAAGAGAUCUGAUAAUGGUGAUCGAGCGAUCCAGACGCGUUUGUUGCCUGACAGCGAACGGAUUUUUCCCCGUAUCUUUGGAAACCUAUACCACGAUUCUGAGUACCGCGGUAUCGUACUUUACACUGUUACGAAAUAAUAUAGAAAACGAUAAGGAUGAUUAACGACACGGAUUAUCAAUAAAUCGUCAGUUAAAAUUGUAUAUAAUUCUUAAAAUAAAAAAAAGAUGAAAAGUGUUACCUUUA